AAUGUCAACAACCUCAUCUUCCCGUCCGGCAUCCGCACGAUCGAGCAGGACGCCUUCGACGGUCUCCAGCACGUCGGCCAGCUCAAGCUCAGUUACAUGGAUCUGUUCGGGCUGCAGGCCUAUACCUUCCGCGGCCUCUCGCACGUGCACUCGAUCCACAUCCAAGAGAGCGACCUCGGCGUGGUGCAGAGGAACGCGUUCACCGGCCUCGUUCACGUCGGUAAUCUCAACAUGCUCAACAACAAAAUCGACCUGAUCGAACGUUUGUACCUGAGUCGCAAGAACUACAUCAACGUCCUGCGUUUCCACGGUAAUCACGUGCUGGAGGCACCGCGCCACGCCAAGGACGUCGUACUCGAGGUGAACACAGUCACCGCGGUCGACAAUCAUUUCCCCUGUGAUUGUCAGGCGCACAAUGUCCUCGAGAGCGACUUCGCCCGCGGUAACAGCGUCGAGUUUCAACGCCGCAACUAUUGCAUCUCGCCGUUCGAGUACAACGGCAAGCCCAUGAACGUCGUCGACUUCGACCUCGUCGCGCGAUGCCACGAUAACGUGGUCCAGGACAAUCUCGGCUCAGGCGUCGUCGAGGUGUCCCGUUUCUCAGCACUGCUAUUAAUCGUCUUCCUGUUCUCGACAAACUUCUUCCGAUGAGCGUACUUGCAACUCCUCUUCCGUUUUCCUUUUUCUAUUAAUUAUCAUUCCGCAAUUUUCAUACUCAAAGCGACGAUCAUUUAUACGCACCUACGGCUUAUCGGUCGAGAG